AAUAGAACCAUAAAAGGUUUCAAAAUUACAAACAUUCAGGACAAUGGUUCUGGAACACUCGUUGAUUUCUCACAACCUGGUAAUGAAGGAUCUGGGAAUCUUGUUGAUGUUUUUGGACAUUCAUCUUCCGGGCGACAUCAAGAGCAGGCUCCAUCCAAUAUGGUUGGUACAGGAGAAGAAAUGGACAUUGCCAACAAGCACGACUAUCUCAAGUUCGUUGUGAAAAAUAAUGGAGUGUUGUACGAAGACGAGGUGAUUCAAAUCGGUUGCAAGCUGGAAGCCAGGACAAAUCUAGCACGUUUGGGAAUGUUUUACGGCAACAAGACAACACAUCCUUUCACUGACUUCAUCCCCACUGUUAGUUGCCCUGGAGUACUCGCGAUGCAACUUCAAGCGCAGGCAAAACCAAUGGAUCCGAUCGUGCAAGCGGGCACGCAGGUGCAACAGCUGAUCAAUUUUGUAUGUGUACAGGAGUUUGGAAGGAUGCCUAUUAUGCAAAUCAAAUUCGGCUAUACGGAUAGAACUGGUCAAUCUCACUCUUUUGAUAAGUCGGUGUACCUGCCAGUUUUCGUCAACAAGUUC